CUUCACCUUGCUCACCUUACACCUGACAACCUAAGUCGACAACACCACAACCUUCAACUUCACGAUAUCUGCUCGUCUCCUUUCCCGAAAACACUCGCCAACCCCAAAGACUCACGAAUCGACGCUACUACUCCAAGACAAGAACAUUAACACGACGCUGAGCUCGCACUUCCGCGCAACACAACACACACAUCACCACCACCACAAAUGUCCCGGUCAACCCCCCGCCGACGCGGCGGCGCCCACGCCCGUCACUCCUCCCAAGGCAACCCAAUCUCAGGCCCUCGCCCAGUCCAAUCCGACUACGAAUCCGACGCGGCGCACUACAUCGACUCCCACCCCGUCCCGGACCCGAACCCAGCCCUCCUCAACCGCACAAACACGGACCUCAACCUCUCCGUCCUCCGCCGCUACCUCCCCUCCAUAAACUCAACCCUCUCCAUCGCCGCCAACGCCGUCGUCUACACCUUCAACCCCACCCUUCCGGGCUGGGACAAGACGGGCAUCGAGGGGACCUAUUUCCUCUGCAUGCAGGAUCCCGUCCCCGGCGCGUCACGACCGAAUCCGAGAGCGUGUAUCUUUGUGCUCAACCGCCGCGGCCUGGAGAAUGUGAUUCUCGAUCUGAACGAGGUGGAUGACUUUGAAGUCAUGGACGAGAUCUACAUCUUUCGCCUCCGCGGGACAAGCGAGGAGGCGGCAGAGGGAACGAACAAAGUCAUGGGCAUCUGGAUCCACGCAGACAAGGAGGACACGCGCGUUAUGAACGCCGCCCUCAUCUCCGAGACGCUGAAACACGUCCGCCUCGCCGAGGAGCAGAAUGCCGUGGCUGGUAUCGGUGGCCCCGGUGGCCCAGGCGGCGAAGAGGAGCUGGGCCCCGCGAUGCAGGCCAUAGGCCGGAAGCUGAGCUUGAGCGACCUGUUUGGCGCGCACAAUGGCCUACAGGGCUAGGAGCCCGCUGUUUAUGCUGCGGGGAUCAAGGCGCGGGAGUCUUCGGUGAGGGGAUGGGGUGUUGCGGAGGCGUCUAAUGUGUGGGGAAUGGCAAAGAUUUGCCUGCGUGGAACUGAGAUGAAGAAUCUUCAGAGGCGUUGAAGUUGAUGCUGAUGC